UGGUUUUUGUAAAAUUAUCAAUAAUUACGUCCUACACUGAUAAUCUGAUGUAGGUUUUUCUCAUUUAAUACUAUUAAAAUUUAUUUCAAGCACACAUUAAUUUCAUCCAAAAAAGAACAAAAUGAAUAAAAUACUACCCAUACUAUCAAAUAGCUGCCUAACUUAGGAGAUUAGUGUUUAUCAGCGUGAAACAUUCCAUUUGAAAUGUUUAUGUCGAAAACUAUAAUCAUGGACCUGUUACAUGGGAGGAGGUGGUUUUUAAUCCUAAUUAUAGCUUUCAGUCAAAAAAUCCACAAAAUAAAUGGUCUCAAGUGCUACUGCAAUGUUGAAAGUUCAAGCUGUCCAAACUCAACAUGUGAAACUGAUGGAUUUUGUUAUGCAUCAACCAUGAUUGAACAUGGAGUUCAAAAGUAUACCUACCAAGAGGUGGCCUUAAACUGUUUGAAAGGCAAAGCCUUCCCACCUGUCUAUCCAAUGAUAUGCAGAGGUUCAAGAAAUUAUUGCUGUACAAAAGAUUUCUGCAACUCUGAUGAGAGUUACCGAGAAAAAUUUUCAAAUGUACUCCAUGACUCAACGGCAACAGAGACGUCAGCAACAGCAUGGCAAGUAAUACCUUGGAUAAUGGGUCUUACGGUGCUUGGAAUAUGUGGAGCAAUCAGCGUUUGGUUGAUCAAGAGACCUGCUCGGAAGGGCCAUUCGCUGCCCCCAUACACACCCGAAGAUUCCUAUUGUGACCCCCGUCAUCCAAUGAUCAAAACAACCAUUCGUGAUAUGAUCGAACUAACGACGUCUGGAUCCGGAUCAGGCCUACCGCUACUAGUUCAGCGCUCGAUCGCAAGGCAAAUUCAAUUGAUGGAUAUAAUCGGUAAAGGCCGGUUUGGUGAGGUCUGGCGAGGACGAUGGCGUGGGGAAAACGUUGCCGUUAAGAUUUUCUCUUCACGGGAAGAAUGCUCUUGGUUUCGCGAAGCAGAGAUUUACCAGACGGUUAUGUUGCGUCACGAGAACAUUCUCGGAUUCAUAGCAGCUGAUAAUAAAGACAAUGGUACUUGGACCCAACUAUGGUUAAUAACUGAUUAUCAUGAGAAUGGUUCGUUGUUUGACUUUCUAACUCUCCGGACCAUUGACUCCAACACACUAGUAACUAUGGCUCUAUCCAUUGCAACUGGACUAGCACAUCUACACAUGGAUAUUGUUGGAACUAAAGGCAAGCCGGCGAUCGCUCAUCGUGAUUUGAAAUCUAAAAAUAUUCUGGUGAAAAGUAAUCUAACUUGCGUAAUCGGAGAUUUGGGGCUGGCUGUGCGACAUAAUGUGGCCAGUGAUUCCGUGGAUGUCCCAUCGACUAAUCGGGUCGGCACCAAGCGAUAUAUGGCACCAGAGGUCUUGGACGAGAGUAUGGACGCUCGUCAAUUUGAUCCUUACAAGCGCUCAGACGUAUAUUCUUUCGGUCUGGUUGUAUGGGAAAUGGCACGGCGAUGUGGCAGUAUGCCUGAAGAAUAUCAACCACCAUAUUAUGACUGUGUUUCACCCGAUCCAGCUUUGGAAGAUAUGAGGCGAGUGGUCUGCAUUGAAAAGAGACGACCGACGGUGCCUAAUCGGUGGCAAUCAGAUCCGGUCUUGUCUGCAAUAUCUAAAGUCAUGAAAGAGUGUUGGUACCAAAACCCAGCUGCUCGGUUGACAGCCCUCAGAAUAAAGAAAACAUUAGCAAACAUCGGUACUGCUGACCAUAUCAAACUGUAGGCAUUAUGUCGGGAAUAUAAUUUUUAUUCGAGUCCAACUUCUAACCGUCCGAUCACAUUUGUGAGUCAACUUUCAUACAAUCGAAUAUAUUAUAUUACGGUGGUUUCACUGUUAUCGUAAUCGAUUCGAAACAAUAUUAUAUUCCCCGAAAAUAGGACCUUCAAUAAUACUGACCAUUGUGUAAUUUAGAUUAGGUGUACCUAAGCAAUACAUAAUUAGUGGCUUUUAUUCUAUAUAGAAUGUGAUUUCCAUGUGUAAUUUAUCUUAUCCAUAAUGGGUAGCUUAUCAUACUGUUAUGUACAAAAAAUAUUAAAAUCGUUUUCGGCGCUUUACGCAAAACGUACUUUUUUAGAUUUGAUAGAUUCUAUCAGCUUUAUAUUUGUAAAUAAGUUAUAGGUGCUUCUGUUGAUAUUAGUUGUACAACUUUUAAUAUUGUUAAUUGAUGGUUGACAUGUAUUAUUGGAGGUGACUCUUAGGAACAACUUGGCUUCGAAGUCCACCCUUUUGUUAUGUAGAUAAAAGCUGCUAUUAGAAAAAAUAUGUACUCACAGUUAGAUCUAUUCUUACUGACAGGGUAAAAUGUUAAAAAAAAAGUUCAAAAUAAGUAAACAGGAGUUGUGAUACUUGAUAGAAAUUGUUAGUAUUUUGACCACAUUUAAAUUGGCAUUAGGUAAUAUGAGAGAGUGGAUUUCGAAGCUGAUAAGCUCGAAUUGUCCGCCUCGUCGUCUCUCCUUAUCCUACCUCUUAGAUUAUAAUCGAAUAAUAUCACGAGCCCGUUUUAUUCUCUUAGCUUAAUGUGCUAACAUAUUCCAAUAAUAGUUUAGUUUUUAUAUAUAGAAAAGGGGGCAAACGAUGUUACGUGUUCCGCGGCCCAUGGACAUCAAUUCUAGAAGGUUCGUGAAUGCGUUCACAGACUUAAGUAUAAACAGAAAAUAAAUUGAUUCAUAAUGCGUUUGACAUAGGCUUAGAUUUUUCUUUAUAUUAUAAGCUGCCUUAUAUAAAAUGUAAAGAGCUAUUAGAGUAAAUUUUAAACAAUUGCAUUUUUUAUUGUAUCUUCGAUUGUGACUUAGAAAAGUUUACAUAAAACGGGCUUCAGAAGGAGCAUUUAUUAUAUUAACAUGUUGUGUAUGAUCUAUACGUUAUAGUGAUAUUUUUUGUUACCAUGGGUAUGUAUAUUUAGGUAUAUAUAGUUUUUGACUCCAAUUAUUCAUACUUCUCUAAUUAAGUUUCGUAUAAAAUAUCAUUUCACAUUUUUCGAUAUAGUUGUAUUUUUUAUUAAGGGUUUCACCGUAUUUUUAUAGAAUAAAGCAACCGCGAGCGAGCUCUAGUUUCGAAACUAGCAAUUAUUAGUGUUUAUGAUAAAUUUUCCAUAAAAUUGUUGGUGGGUUAGAAUGAGCGGUUGCUUUAUAUCAACACCACACGAAAAUUUCAUGGCAAUACUGGCAUUAAUUUAAAGCUAUUUUUCAAAAGUCAUUUAUCUAUAUUUUGUUUAAAAUUAGGUAUAGGACUUACUAAAGAGAGUUCUACCGUUUUAUUGUUAAUUAGUUAAUCGCUUCAUGAAAUAAUUCAAAUUCUAUUGACAAUCACUUAAUCAGUGAUGGAGGUAAAUUGGAGAUUAUAUUUAUCUAUUUCUUUAUAUAUAAAAAAACUUUUAUUUAUCCCAACUGUUUAAUGCAAGACAAAUUGAAAUAUAUAAGUUCAAUGAAUUAAAAAAAAUGCUACAGUAAAGAAUAUAAUCUCCUAUUUCCCAGGAUUAUAUUUGAAACACAUAUUUAUCAUAACGUUAUGGCGUGUUAAACUAAUAAAGACUUAAAAUUAAAUCGUAGGUCAUAUUUUUACCUUAUUUUUUAAUAUGCAAUUGUCACAUUUAGGGUUAAAAUUCGCAAUUUUGUCAUAAGAAAACAUAAGUUAAUAGUUUUAAGGUCAAUAAGGUUUCAUAUAUAGUUAUAUAGUAGUAGAUAUAGUUUGACAUUAAGCAUAUAUUUUUUAUUAACUUUUCAUUUGCCCUGUUUCAUGUAAUAAGUAUAUCUUGAUACAUAUAUUCCCAGCGGAAGGUGAAGGUUAUUCAGGAUAUCCUUGAGCGAUAAAAUAUGUAACAACGUAGUUCGAAAACCGGGUGCAGAUAAACAAGAAUAAUAAGAAAUAAUGCGUCUUUAUUGCACCGAAGCGUAUAAUCUUGUUUAUCCAGAUUUGUGUUUCGUUCGUUUUUUAAAUUUGUAUAUAUCAUGUAGUACUACUGUUGCGAUAGAAUAUAAUUUUUAUAGUAUUUUAUUCGUUUUAAGAUUACUUGCUAAAGUACGUGCGUCUUAUCUAUUACUUUAAGCCACAUUUUAGAAGCUUUUAUAACUAGUUUAGUAUUUUCGUAAUAAUUGUAACGACGUGAGCUACUAGUUAGUAGAUUUUGCGUGCUUUAUUAUAGCCAUGUACACCACCAUUAAUACCGACUGUUCAUCUACUGCAGUAAAUACUGUCAUAUUUUUAUAUACUACGUUGUUCUAGUGCAAUAGAAACGAAAUUGUGCAAUAUUCUUUGUGUGCUUAUAGGCAAACAUUCAAAAUAUUUAAAAGGAAUUGUUCACAAAUGUUAAAUUUCAAUUACAUAAUUACUGUUUACAAUUUAUGUACAUGUGCGUUUGACGGUCUGUGGAAAAAAAACCAUUCACAUUGCAAUAUAUAGACUGACUAGAUACAGCUAACAGGACGUGAUAAAAGUAAUCGCAAACAAGCAUUAGUGUAACCUGACUGAUUUUCAUACUGGUCGAAUGUUCUAGAAGUCUAAUGCAUAAUAAAAGACACCAAAUUUAACUUCAGCAAAUUGUAAGGGCUUCGACGCUAUCAAGAAAAACUAAUAAACUCGCUUCUUAAAGUCCUCGCUGAAAUAAUCAAAUAAUCUUCCAGAUAAGACUGUAAAGUGUACAGACAUGAAAAAUAUUUAAAUUUGAAGAUUUUUAGAUUCACGCUUUAACAGCGCUUGAUUUGAUAUUUUUAUAAAGAAGUUAAGAAUUAUACCUAAAUUUUAUAUGAAUACAAAAUUUUACCUGAUUGAGCAAUACUAUAAUAGUGAUAAUUUUCACCGUGUCUUGAAAUUAAUGAAAUAAAGUAAACAAAUACUAAGGUACCUAUAUUAUAUUUAUAUAUUAAUUAAGGUAGUUGCGUAGAUUGUAGUAUUUAUAUGAUAAAAGUUUUAUACCUUUUUGACCGGUUUUCGGUUAUGUAAUUUUUACAUUUGUAAAUAUCAUACAAUUAAUUUUGCAAUUUAUAAGAUUUUGCUUAAGUCAUUUGUCGCUUUAUACAGUUAUUAAUGUAUUCUUUUUAUGUAAUUAAGUUAUUUGUUCAUAAAUAUCAAUUGCAUUUGUAACUCAAAUGGUGAGGAGGUAAAAAAUGAGAAAUGUGGUGCAAUUGAAAUUUAGCAAGUCAUUGCUAACAAAUACAGUUUCAGUACCGCUAAUUCUCAUAAACCGACAUAAAUUGUGUAUAUUAUUUUAUAAGAACUAUAUUAUAUAUUAUGUGUCAGGUAUAACUAUAAGUGAUAAUUAAGUUUUGUUUCUUUAAAUAAUUGUGAAUUAGUUAUUUCCAUACAAUGUAGUUUUCAUCCUGAAGAAACUUGUUUUUAUUGUUGUAUAAUAUAGUUAUUGGAAUUAUAAUUUAGUAGAGCACUCUUCAUAAAGACAAAGGCGACCCAUUUAAAGAUUUUCUUGAUGUAUGAGAAAUUGAUAAAUCAACCUCAAAAUUUAAAGUACAAGAAUAACUCAUUUUAUUAUACAUUCAGAAUAAUGUCUGACAAAAGAACAUUAAAUUUUGUGUUCAUAUGUAAAGUGGUCGCAAUGGAUGUUUGUAAAUGUUAGACAAGUAAUACCAAGAAAGUACAAGGUGACAGCAAUAAUUAUGUGUGAAAAAUUAAUGAACCAUAUCACAUGUUCAUAAGGAAUCCAUUGAUUCGGAAUAACUGAUUAUGUGUACAUAAUAUAAAAUUAUGUUCUUAUUGAUUGUUUAUGGAGUGGUUUUCAUUAAAUAGACAAGUGUUUUUAUAAA